UACCACAUUGGUGCUAUUAUUACAAUGAUCAACUGCGAUUUACAACAACGAUCGUCGGUGAACAUCUGAGAAAACUCCAGCGGGGUUUCUGCAGAACAAAUCCUGAAUUUCGGAAAUUGUAUCGCUAAUCAUGCUUCCAUGCCAUCUUACACCGCCACAAACAAAUUACAUAUCUAGUUACAAAUACAACAAACAAUUUCAUGUUCCGUGGUACAUUGAAACAAACAGCACUCAAGAGCCUUGCAUCCUAGCCAAAAAAAAAAUCUCCAACUUCUCUACACUAGCCUUAGUGUUUCUGCCGCGCUAUCGUUCUCUCAACUUCUUGCUGUCCAUCGACUCAUGAGUUGAAGAAUCCAGGUCCUGCCCGCGAAAGCAGUUCCUUCCCGGCAUCCUUCCCCAUCAGUAUCAUAUCAUCAAUGGCAUAUGGACCUUUCCUGGAAGUCUCUAGC